AUGUCUGAGAUUUGUCCUUCUUCGUCACAUCAGCUGGUAGCAGCUGCAAUUGCGUUUCGCCGUGCCAGGCGUAAAUUUCCGAAAAAUUAUGGUCUCUGUUGUAACUCCGAAGAAAUGACCAAGUUUGACGAAACUGAAAGCAUCGCUGAGAACGAGGAGCCCAACGAUCCGGAAAGUUUGUCGUUUACAUCGAGAAAACGUUUGAACGGCAAGUCGAACUGUGCCGAGGCAAUUUGGACGGACGAAUGCGGAGAGAGCGUCUCGAUCAAGGAAAAUUUAGUUCAGACACCAAUAAUCUGCAGCUGUUGUCGCAAACGCAACGAACAGUGCAGCAGCGGGGAUGCGCUUGAUAUCGUUCCAAGCAAGGAGCACAAUGGUAUCGCGAGGAAAACUGAAUGUUUCUUACUGGAACAAUCAGAAAGGAAUGAUGGAAAAGCGAUGAAAGGCUUCACAACGGAGCCUAGAAAUUCUACCCGGUGCCGUACUUCAUAUUCCCAUUCACGAAGACGAAGUCCGAAAGAAACUUCCUCGAAAUUGGAUUCCGUUAAUCUUCUGUACGACAGAGGCCACGAUGAGGCAGACAACGUGAAAGGUAGCAACUCGUCCGAGAAUCGGAACUGCAACGGGGAAGAGUACAGCUGCAGCGGUGGGAGAAAGGAUUCCAAGUCGGUGCAUCGAAAUUCGCGUUCCAAAUUAAACGUUUACGAUUCACGGAAAGGCAACCCAUCGGACAACGUUUCUCAUAACUGUGAUUUUCAUUGUGUCAAGCAUUCGAUUCCAGAUUCAUUGAAGUCGCAUACGGAUUGCUGUCAAUUACAGAAUCAUCAUCCUUGCUGCCAUUCUCAAAAUCAUUGUCAUCAUUGUUGUGAAAAGCACAGAUUUUCUUUCAACAGUUACUCAACAAAGGAUAGGGCACGUCUCACUUCAGAUACCUGUCUCUGUUCGUCAAAUUUGGACAAUCAUACAGGUUGCUGUAAUCAGGACCAUGUUACUUAUGGAUCAAUCUGUAACCACGAUUGUUGCAUGAAACAAUUGGAAAAAAUGUCAGGGAUGCAGGAACAGAAGGACGAAGAGCUAGACGAUUGCGUGGGAACGAUUCACCACAAGGAUUCUUUGUGCAUCUUGGUGGAGAAGUACAAAGCAAACAGGAAGUGCAAGAUCAAGAAAUAUUCUGACGGGACGGAAAUCUCUGAUGAACGGGCCAGAGAAGAAUGCGACAAAUCGUUCACGUCAGAAACCACCUGUCAAUUGGACGAAAUUAAUGCAAAACAGCGAGAAAAAUGCUUAGAUAAUAACGAACAUCGAUUUCGAGAAAAUCGUACGUUAAUAGGAAAAACAUGUAGGCAUGGUUGCGGGCAAAUUUUUAGAGAAGGUGAUUACAGUCACUUGAAAAAUUUAAAAUCUCGUUUGAUAAAGACAGGAACUUGUUGUUCACCGAAAGGUACACCUUGGAGACAUACAUUUUAGAUCCAAACAAUUUUUUUACCUCGCAAGUUUUUUAUUUGUUACGAUUUUUGUAAUUGUGUAUUUUUAA